AUGGACUUUUUAGUUUACAAAAAAAGAAAAUUACAAAAAAUACACAAAAUAAAAAAACCCAAAUAAGAAUAAACUAUUUCAAUAGAAAAACCUCUUAAAAUUAUAUAAAAAGCAAAUUUGAAAGUAAAAAUAAUUAGAGAUUCAGAUACUGAAGAAGAAGAAGAAUAAUAAAUUUAAUUAGAUCCUUAAAACGAGAUAAUAUAAGAAGAAAUAUAAGACGAUUCUUCAUUUUAAAUAGAAUAAAACUUAUUAAAGCCUACAGAAAUUUAAAAUAAAAAAAAAGACUAAAAAAAUAGCAACGAAAAAAAAUAACAAAUUCCUUAAAUAAUUAAUUUUUCAUAAAAUCCUACUAAAGUAAAAUUAAAUCAAAUAUCAAUAUGUAUUCCUGAUUCGAUAAUAUCGAUUCCUUAAUCUUCCGAACUUCGUAGUUAUUUUAUAAGUGAAUUAGCCCGAACUGCAGCAAUAUUUUGUGUUGAUGAAAUAAUAAUAUUAAAAGAUAAUUCAUAUAAGAGUAAGUCCACAAAUUUCGAAUAAGGUCCUUAUAUAGCCCGAAACUUAUAAUACUUGGAAACUCCUUAAUAUUUAAGAAAGCAAUUGUUCCCUAUACACCCUGAUCUUAAAAAUGCAGGCUUAAUGAACCCUAUAGAAUGUCACCAUCAUCUAAAAUAAGACCAAUAUUGUAAAUAUAGAGAAGGAGUAGUAGUCAGUAGACCUAUAAAAGGCGGAGAAGAUAGCUCUUGGGUUGAAAUCGGUUUGAAAAAAUAAGCAAAAGUAAAUUAUAGAUUAGCUGCGAAUACGAGAAUUACAUUAAAACUAGAAGAUGAUACACUUGAUAUUUAAAAUAAAUACUAUAAUGCUGAAGUUGUAAGUUAAAAAGAACCGAAAGAAAAAAUGGGACUAUUUUGGGGAUAUUCAGUUAGAUUAGCUGAUAAUUUAACUUAAGUUUUUAAAGGAGAAAAUGAUAUUAGUAUAUAUAUAUAUAUAUAUAUAUAUAUAUAUAUAUAUAUAUAUAUAUAUAUAUAUUAUUUAUAUAUAUAUUUAGAAUAUGAUGUAAAAAUACUAAUUAAUUAAGGAGAUCAUGAAUAAUUUAAUGUUUAAAAUUUUAACAAUAAUAUUAAAUAAAAUUUAAACGGAAAGAAGUAUUUAUAUUUUUAAUAAAUAUUAUUUAUGUAUUAUAACUUUAUAGUUUGUUAGUUAUUUUUAGUGGAUAUAAUAACCUUUAAAGUAUAGUUGAUAGUGAUGAAUAUUCUAAAAUAACAGGAAAAGAUGCUUUAUUAUAUUUUGAUGCUAAUUUUACAUUAUAAUAAGGUGGUUUUGGAGUUAAAUAAUUAAGAUUAGAAGUAAAUAUAUACAUAUAUAUAAUUAAAAAUUUAUAUAUAAAUAUAUAAUUUUUACUUUUUUUUAUUUAUUUAUUUUAUAAAAAAUAAGGAAUAACUUACAUAAACUUUAUUUAUUAUUAGAUAAAUGUUUUAAUGA